CAACAUUGAAAUCAAAAAGGUCAAAUGAUACAUACUGGUCGAAGCUGUGUAUUUAUUUGAAGACAUAUUGCAAGAAUUGACAUAGGUCAAAAAAAUUGAAGAUUGAAAACUGCACAAGAACAUAAACAAUAUAUUGGACGUUGAUUCCAUAUAGACCUUGACUUUGAUCAUCAAGAUCAGAAAUGAGUGCAACAGCUUUGCUGAUUCUGUCUGAGGGAGCUGAAGAGAUAGAGGCGGUGACUGUUGUUGAUGUACUGGCUAGAGCAGGAGUAAACGUUACUGUUGGUGGACUUCAGGGCGAUGGAGUGGUUAAGGGAAGCAAUGGUGUUUGCAUAAAGCCAAAUGUUUCACUUUCCAGCGUUUCAUCACAACUUUUUGAUUUGGUAGUAAUGCCAGGUGGUAUGGGUGGUUCCAAUGCUAUGGCGUCAUCGAAAUUAGUUGGUCAAAUACUUAAAGAACAUGAAAAACACGGCAAAUACAUUGCAGCAAUCUGUGCUGCACCGAUCGCCCUGGAAUCUCACAAAAUCGCCAUAGGAAAAAAGCUGACAUCUUAUCCGGGCUUCGAGGAUAAACUUCCCAGUUAUACGUAUUGUGAAGACAAAGUUGUUGUUGAUGAUAAACUUGUUACAAGUCGAGGUCCAGGAACUGCGCUGGCUUUUGCAAUGAAGCUAGUUGAAUUACUGUGUGGCAAGUCGAAAGCCCAAACGCUAACAAAAGGCAUGCUUGUUUCACUUUAAAACAUUUAAAAUUUCCGGUUCUUCUGCUUUUGUUCCAUCAUAUUAGAUUUGAUAAACGCCAUGCCCAUUCAAAAUACUUUCAUGCAUUCUUUCAAAUAAAUUUCAAUAACUACUGUGU